UUUUUUUACUACUUCUCCAACCUAGCACCAUGGAAGUCAUAGAAUCACGAGCAGCAUUACUCAGUAACUUUGAAGUAUUACAGCUUCUGAAUGAGCGUAUGGAGUCACAGAAGCAGAGACAGAAAGAAUACCCAAAUACCGAAUAUGCUGAGAAUCUUCGCACCAUACAGUUCGAGAUCAAGACAGCGUUGGAGAAAUCUGCGUGUAGCACGCAAGACGAGCGUCAAGUUGUAGCCUUUCUAGAAGAAAUGAAGAAGUGGUCUUUAACCAAAGCAGAAAAACUACAGAUCUUGAAUUUGCGACCACAGACACCCGUUGAACUGCACAUUCUUAUAGAAGAAUGCGAAGAACGAUACACCGGUGAGGAAUUGGACGACAUCCUGGAGGUGGUCACGCGAGUACUUCCAAGAGAUGACGAUUAUGUGGCUGAGGAAGAAGAGCAGCAAGAAGGGGAAGCUUAAUGUUCAUCGAUCCUUUUCCAUGAACUUGUACCUCCAACUUCCCUCCCAAAUUUUGAUUCAUUUUGAAGCUGGACAUCACAAGUCAACGCAAUUUUCAAGUCAUUUUUCCCAACUUAUUCAAAACAUCAUGUACAGUUACGUUAGACCGGUCACUCGAAGAAGAGCGCAGAUGUAAUAAAGAAAAAAAUAAUGCCUGAGCACCACUGCCAAUCGUGUCAUUGAUAUAAAUAUUAA